GAACUGUCGUGAAAGGGGGCGGGGCGCGUCGGGCUAGAGCCAACGCCAGGGGCCCACGACGCUCCCGGGGCGACUAGCUGGCCGCUGGCGCCAUGGAGCGUUACGCUGGCGCUUUGGAGGAGGCGAUGGACGGGGCCCGGCAGCAGGAGCGGCACUACCAGCUGCUCUCUGCGCUGCAGAGCCUAGUCAAGGAGCUGCCCAGCUCUUUCCAGCAGCGCCUGUCUUACACCACGCUCAGCGACCUGGCCCUGGCGCUCCUCGACGGCACCGUGUUCGAAAUCGUGCAGGGGCUGCUGGAGAUCCAGCACCUCACUGAGAAGAGCCUGUACAACCAGCGCCUGCGGCUGCAGAACGAGCACCGAGUGCUCAGGCAGGCGCUGCGGCAGAAGCAUCAGGAAGCCCAGCAGGCCUGCCGGCCCCACAACCUGCCCGUGCUCCAGGCAGCUCAGCAGCGCGAGCUAGAGGCCGUGGAGCACCGGAUCCGUGAGGAGCAGCGGGCAAUGGACCAGAAGAUCGUCCUGGAGCUGGACCGGAAGGUGGCAGACCAGCAGAGCACACUGGAGAAGGCAGGGGUCGCUGGCUUCUAUGUGACCACCAACCCUCAGGAGCUGACACUACAGAUGAACCUACUGGAGCUCAUUCGGAAGCUGCAACAGAGGGGCUGCCAGACAGGCAAGGCGGCCCUGUGACCAGGCAAGGUUUUUGCCAGUGACUGCUGCUCUUGGUGGCUGGGAAGACAGCCCUGUCCCACAGUCACCUAAGGCAGCAGAAAGCUGAGUGGCACUUGUCUUCCUGAAGUCUGGCUGUCACCUUCCCAGCUGCCUACAGGAGAGGUGCCCUGUAGGGAGAAGCUGGAUGGACUUGGCUGCACCAGCCACCCACCUUCAUUUGGGUUUUUUGUCCAGAGCUAGGGUGGUAAGGUGAGGGGAAGAGCAGGCCCGCCUUCUGGCUGUCUGCCCCAGGUUUCCCAUUUGUUCUGGUCUCAGGCUCUCCCUUGGCAGGUGCAGCCCCCACCUGGGAAAGGCUCCCAAGCUCUAUGUGACCCCCAAGAAAUAAAGACACCUCAGUAUGGCCUGCA